UUCUUUUUUUCUUUUUUUUCUCUUUGUCUUGUUAUUGAUAUUUAUAUAUCAAACAACCAUUAUCUAUUUUGAAGUGAUAGGGAUGCGACAAGAUAGAGGCACAAAAGAAGACCUCUUUGGGCCUGUCAUGACCAAUGAUGAACACUCAAGAGGAUUUAGUGUUAUUUCACGCAGCAAUUCUACGCCAACUCGCAGGAGCCUGCAGUCUUUCCGUACUAGUCGUGGCAUACCCUACUCUUAUACCGAAAGACGUGCCUCUGUAUCUCUCGUUUCGCCAUUCAAAUCGCCUUCUUUAUCGUUUUCUCCUCAAGCAGAACUAUUAUUCUCUUCUCGUUCACAACGAUCCUUGAAUGGACGUAAAACUGAAUUUUCUUCCAGUUUUGAAAGGUUCUUGAAGAACAACUCAUUUGAUUCUGGUGACAGUACAAGGAAGCGAAGAGGGUCACGUGCAAGUGAUUGUAUCUUACUUGAUAUGGAAUGCAAAGAGGAUUAUCAAGAAGAAGAGGAAGGGCUAGAAGAUUUUAUGAAAUUUAUUGGUGCUCAACAAGAGCUCAAGAUGUUUCAACGUACGACAACAAAAUUCAUGAUACAAAACAAAGAGAACUAUGAACCUACAAGACAACCACUGUCUCAUUUUCGACAUUUACAAGAAUCACAUAAUGUCUUGUCUGAAUCAAUGUCAUUCAGUGAGCCAAAAGAGCCAUUAAAUAGCUAUGGCUUAAAAGAAGAGAAUGAAUUUCUAGGACACCAAGUAUUCUAUGAUCAUCCACGCUGUACUUUGGAUCAAGUUCAACAUACUACCAUAUCACCUUUAAAAAAUCGUAAAACACCUCCUUUACCUCCACCCAUCAUGCCACAAUGUAAAAACAACAGUAGCAUAGAUGAUGAUGAUUCACUUGUGUUCAGAAUGAGUGAAUUGGGUGGAUACGAAGAUCACAGUGUAUGCCAUCACUCAAAACAUGAGACAAAACAAAAGGCUAGGCAGAACGGAAGUUUGUCUUUUUCAAAUAAUUCUGUUUUUAACAAAAAGACAAAUGAACAACAAGGCACCUUAUUGACAUAUCCAUUGUUUUAUUAUCAACCUUGAAUGUUUGCUUAAAUAAACAAGUACAUCAUCAGAAAGUUUAAAAACGUAAA